AUGUCCUACUAUCCGCCUUAUUCUGGCCCGCCGGGCUAUCCCCCACCACAGCAGCAACAGCACCAGCAGUACUCCUACCCUCCUAAUCACGGCUCUCCGCAACCUUAUCAACAAAUGCCGCAUCAUCAUCAUCACCAACAAUCUUCCUACGGCGGCUACCCCGGCCAGGCGUACCGCGAGCAACAUCCUCCUCCGAAUCCUUACGGGUAUGGCCAGCCUUCCCCUCAGCCCGGUUACGGCGCGCCUCCUCCACAACAUGGAUACAAUCAACCGCCGUCGGGAUACGGCCAGCCGCCACCACCGACUGGAAACGCGGUGUACGGUGGAAGACAGCCUGGAAGAGACGCAUCCGCUUUGGAAAAGUGUCAGUAUGCGGCCGCUGACAUCUGUAACAAAGGCAUGAACCAGUAUCAGAACCCCUACCCGCAUGGCCGCCAUGGUGGUCCAGCACCACCUCCCAGUGAUCCGGUCGCGUUCGGACACGGAGCUCCACAGGGAUACAGUUUCCAGUACUCUCGGUGCACCGGUAGGCGGAAGGCCUUGCUGAUUGGAAUCAACUAUUUCGGGCAGAAGGGUCAGCUGCGCGGUUGUAUCAACGAUGUCAAGAACAUGUCGACGUAUUUGAACCAGAACUUUGGCUACGCGCGCGAGGACAUGGUGCUAUUGACGGACGACCAGCAGAAUCCCAUGAGCCAGCCUACGAAGGCUAACAUCCUGCGGGCCAUGCAUUGGUUGGUCAAGGAUGCGCAGCCGAACGAUUCGCUCUUUUUCCAUUACUCAGGUCAUGGUGGUCAGACUCCGGACUUGGAUGGUGACGAGGAAGACGGAUACGAUGAAGUCAUCUACCCGGUCGACUUUCGACAAGCCGGCCACAUCGUGGACGACGAGAUGCACCGGAUCAUGGUCCGCCCACUACGCCCGGGAGUACGCUUGACCGCAAUCUUCGACUCGUGUCACUCGGGCUCCGCCUUGGACCUCCCCUACAUUUACUCGACACAGGGUAUCCUCAAGGAGCCCAACCUGGCCAAGGAGGCCGGACAAGGGCUGCUGGGGGUGGUCUCCGCCUACGCGCGCGGCGACAUGGGCGGCAUGAUGUCUACCGCGGUCGGGUUCCUGAAACGCGCCACCAAGGGCGACGAGGCCUACGAGCGCACCAAGCAGACAAAGACCAGCCCGGCGGACGUCAUCAUGUGGUCCGGUAGCAAGGACGACCAGACCAGCCAGGACGCCCAAAUUGCCGGCCAGGCCACCGGCGCCAUGUCCUGGGCGUUCAUCGCCGCUCUCCGGAAGAACCCCCAGCAGAGCUAUGUACAGUUGCUGAACAGCAUCCGGGACGAGUUGGCGACCAAGUACACGCAGAAACCGCAGCUGAGCUGCAGUCAUCCAUUGGAUACGAACCUUCUCUACGUCAUGUAA